CAAACAUCUAAAGAUGGUGCCUGGUGGAAGAAAGCAUUCUGGGAAAUCUGGGAAACCACCAUUGAUUGAUCAGCCUAAAAAAGCCUUUGACUUUGAGAAAGAAGAUAAAGAUCUAUCUGGUUCAGAAGAAGAUGCUGUUGAUGAAAAGACUCAAGUAUUUGAUAAACAUGGAAAGAAAAGAUCUGCAGGAAUAAUUGAAGAUGUGGGAGGUGAAGUACAGAAUAUGCUGGAAAAAUUUGGAGCUGACAUCAACAAAGCUCUUCUGGCCAAGAAGAAAAGAAUAGAAAUGUAUACCAAAGCUUCUUUCAAAGCCAGUAACCAGAAAAUUGAACAAAUUUGGAAAACACAACAAGAGGAAAUACAGAAGCUUAACAAUGAAUAUUCUCAGCAAUUUUUGAGUGUGUUGCAGCAGUGGGAACUGGAUAUGCAGAAAUUUGAGGAACAAGGAGAAAAACUAACUAAUCUUUUUCGACAACAGCAAAAGAUUUUUCAGCAGACUAGAAUUGUUCAGAGCCAGAGAAUGAAAGCAAUCAAACAGCUACAUGAGCAGUUCAUAAAGAGUUUGGAGGAUGUGGAGAAGAACAAUGAUAAUCUAUUUACUGGCACACAAAGUGAACUUAAAAAAGAAAUGGCUAUGUUGCAAAAAAAAGUUAUGAUGGAAACUCAGCAGCAAGAGAUGGCAAAUGUUCGAAAGUCUCUUCAAUCCAUGUUAUUCUGA